AUGCGACAAGAGAAUGCCGCCUCAUGGAGCAACCUGCCGACUUCUGUCCUGCAAGCUGAAUUGCUUCGCCGACAAGCCAACAACCACGAUGACCGCCCUGCCUGUGGCACCGCCGGCAACACCAAGGACUACAACAUGCCUCUGCAUGUCUUUGCUUUGGUCCUGAUCCUCAUCCUCAGCACAUUAGCAUGCUCCUUUCCACUCCUUGUCCGACGGGUUCCUCGGAUGCCCGUUCCUCGACAGUUCCUGUUCCUAUCGAGGCACUUCGGCACUGGAGUUUUGAUCGCAACCGCCUUUGUGCAUCUUUUGCCCACCGCCUUCACUUCCCUAACCGAUCCGUGUCUUCCGCCUUUCUGGAAUCAUGGAUACCCCGCCAUGGCCGGCUUCAUUGCCAUGAUCUCAGUCAUGGUGGUUGUGGGAGUAGAAAUGUUCUUCGCUACCAAGGGAGCCGAGAACGGGAGUUACAACGAUGCGGAGCCUUUGGCUCAAAAGACGCGCCCCAGUCUGGACGACACAGGUAGCAACUCGGAUCUGGAUUUGGAUGAAUUGGACCCGCACGUAAAUGGCAACGGCCAUGGGCAUGUUGUCGAGCCCAUCUUGGAGCGGACUGGUUCGCCGUCGGAUCAACAGCAGCAACAAAAGAUGCUGCUACAGUGUCUACUCUUGGAGGCAGGCAUUCUCUUCCACAGUGUCUUCAUAGGCAUGGCAGUGUCUGUGGCGACGGGGACAUCGUUCAUCGUCUUGCUCGUAGCCAUCUCGUUCCACCAAACUUUUGAAGGCCUGGCUCUAGGGUCUCGUAUUGCUGCCAUUACUAUAUUUCCAAAAAGAUCGCCGCGGCCGUGGCUGAUGGCGCUGGCCUACGGAACGACUACGCCAUUGGGACAGGCUAUUGGGCUGCUGGUACAUAACCUCUACGACCCUUUCAGUCAGACUGGACUACUCAUGGUGGGCAUCAUGAACGCGAUCAGCAGUGGAUUGUUGUUGUUUGCUGGACUGGUCGAGUUAUUGGCAGAGGACUUUUUGAGCGACGAGAGCUACGAGGUGCUUAGAGGACGGAAACGACUCCAGGCCUGUGGAGCUGUGGUCGCUGGAAGUUUACUGAUGGCGCUGGUUGGUGCAUGGGCUUAG